CCGACGCUAGCAGCCGGUCGCUUACUCUUCAACGGAACUUUCGAAAUGUUCGCGAUGACCUCCCCCGCGGUGAUGAUGCCGCAGAAGCUCGCGGCGCCGAAGCGCACGCACGCGCGCGUCGUCCGAUGCUCCGCGACGCCUCGCGACGCGAAGUCCAAGGCGACGGCCGCGCCCGAGGCGCCGCUCGCGCCCAAAUCCGCGGAAAAGAUCGCGGAGAACAUCCAGUACCAGACGACCAAGACGGGCGCGAUGCCCGUCACCGGCGGGCCCUCCAAGGUGUACGACAUGUACCGCGCGACCGCGGAGAGCGUCCAGGAACAGCUCGUGGAGAACUGGACCGCGACGUACGAGCACUUCCACGCGCAGAACCCGAAGCAGGCGUACUACAUCUCCAUGGAGUACCUCCAGGGCCGCGCGCUCACCAACGCGGUCGGCAACCUCGGGCUCAAGGGCGAGUACUCCGACGCGCUUCGCACGCUCGGAUACUCCCUCGAGUCCUGCGCGGACGUCGAGAGGAACAUGGGCCUCGGCAACGGCGGUCUCGGCCGCCUCGCCGCGUGCUUCCUCGACUCGAUCGCGACGCUCGACCUCCCCGCGUGGGGCUACGGGCUCAGGUACAAGUACGGCCUCUUCAAGCAAGGCAUCGACCCGGUCACCGGCCAGCAGAUGGAAUACGCGGACGACUGGCUCGAGUUCGGGAACCCGUGGGAGAUGAAGCGCGACACGUCCUACGACAUCUCCUUCUACGGCUCCGUGAAGGACGGCGUGUGGACGCCCGGGCAGACGAUCAAGGCGGUGGCGUACGACUCCCCCAUCCCGGGCUACAAGACUAAGAACUGCAUCUCUCUGCGACUGUGGGACGCGGAGGUGGCGCCCAAGGCGUUCGACCUCGCGUCCUUCAACGCGGGCGACUACGAGGCCUCCAUGGGUGAGACGAACCUCGCGUCGCAGCUCUGCGCGGUGCUGUACCCGGGCGACGGCACGCGCGCGGGUAAGGCGCUUCGCCUCUCGCAACAGUACAUGUUGUGCUCCGCGUCCGUGCAGGAUAUUCUCGCGCGGUUCAAGGAGCGCGGCAACGCGGACUGGAACGACCUCCCGGAGAAGGUGGCGAUCCAGAUGAACGACACGCACCCGACGCUCGCGGCGCCGGAGCUCAUGCGCCUUCUCGUCGACGUCGAGGGCAUGUCGUGGGACGACGCCUGGGCGCUCACGUCCAAGACGGUGGCGUACACGAACCACACCGUGAUGCCCGAGGCGCUCGAGAAGUGGCCGCUCGAGCUUCUCGAGGAGCUCCUCCCGCGUCACGUCGAGAUCAUCAAGAAGAUCGACGAGCAGUUCGUCGCGUCCGUGAAGGCGGCGUACCCGAAGCUCCCCGCGGACGAGCUCGAGGCGAAGAUCAACACGAUGCGGAUCCUGGAGAACUACCUCACCCCCGCCGAGCUCGUCGCGGAGGAGAAGCGCAUCGCCGACGCGAAGAAGGCGAAGGCGGCCGCCAAGGCGGCGGCGGCGGCCAAGAAGACCGCGCCCAAGACGGACGAGGAGGAGGAAGAGGACGAGGAGGAGACGAUCCCGGCGCCGAUGGUGAGGAUGGCGAACCUGUGCUGCAUCGCCGGAUUCGCGAUCAACGGCGUCGCGGCGAUCCACUCGGAGAUCGUCCGCACGUUCACGUUCAAAGACUUCGCGGAGCUCUUCCCGGAGAAAUUCCAGAACAAGACCAACGGCGUGACCCCGCGCCGCUGGCUCGCGUUCUGCAACCCGCAGCUCUCGGACGUCAUCACCGAGGCGAUCGGCACGGACGAGUGGGUCACGGACACCGCGCUCCUUGAGAAGCUCGGCCCCAUGGCGGACGACGAGUCGCUUCAGAAGAAGUGGCGCGCCGCCAAGCUCGAGCGCAAGGCGCUCUGCGCGGACAUGAUCGAGCGCACCACCGGCGUGAAGGUCUCCACGGACGCGAUGUUCGACAUCCAGAUCAAGCGCAUCCACGAGUACAAGCGCCAGCUCCUCAACAUCAUGGGCAUCAUUCACCGGUACAACGAGAUGAAGGCGAUGACCCCGGAGGAGCGCGCCAACGUCACCCCCCGCGUCUGCGUCUUCGGCGGGAAGGCGUACGCGACGUACCUCCAGGCGAAGCGCAUCGUGAGGCUCGUCACCGCGGUCGGCGACGUCGUGAACAACGACCCGGAGAUUGGCGACCUCCUCAAGGUUGUCUUCGUGCCGGAUUACAACGUCUCUCUCGCGGAGACGCUCAUCCCGGCGUCGGAGCUCUCCCAGCACAUCUCCACCGCCGGCACGGAGGCGUCCGGCACGUCCAACAUGAAGUUCCAGAUGAACGGCUGCCUCAUCAUCGGCACGCUCGACGGCGCGAACGUCGAGAUCCGCGAGUGCGUCGGCGAGGAGAACUUCUUCCUGUUUGGUAUCGAGGAGCCGGAGGUUGAGCCCGCGAGGGCGGAGCGCGCCGCCGGCGAGUUCGUGCCCCCCGCGGAGUUCACCGCGGUCAUGGACUGCAUCAAGUCUGGCGCGUUCGGCGAGGAGGGCGAGUUCGACGAGCUCCUGUACUCGCUCGAGGGGAACGAAGGCUUCGGCCGCGGGGACUACUUCCUCGUCGCGAAGGACUUCAAGUCGUACAUCGACUGCCAGGCUGACGUCGACGCCGCGUACAAGAACGCCGCGGGGUGGACGAAGUCGUCGAUCAUCUCCACCGCGUUUUCCGGCAAGUUCAACUCGGACCGCACGAUCGAUCAGUACGCGAAGGAGAUCUGGGACAUCAAGCCGCUCCCGGUGCCGUAAAUCGUUCGUUCGUUCGUUCGCGAACGUCGACGACGCGCGGCGUUCAACGACCAAACCAAACCGGGUAUUCUAAUUUUUUACACAACCGGCGGCUCGCGACGGGCGCGGCCGCC